AUGUUCUGGGGCAAAGACAAGAAAGACGAACCAGAUGGGGUUCCUCGCGCACGCGAGGAGCCUCGCCCCGAGUCGCUGAGUGAACAGGUGCCUCGCCGGAAGCUGUCGCGUAACCUGCAGCAGCUCGUCGAUCGCGAAGACGACUACUACGAGGAGCUAUAUACCCCAUACGCCGUUGACACCACAGAGACUCCGUACCGUUACGCCGCCUAUGCUAAUCGAGUCCGAACAAUACUGCUCUCCGCCCAUCGGUACAUUGCAUACACAUCUGACGUUGGUGAAUCCUUCCGGCCAGUCGCCCAUCCCUAUCUCGUCCGCAGCGCCUAUGCCAUUUCCUGGUCGUAUAUCCUUGGCGACGUUGCCCAUGAGGGUUACAAGGCCUACUUGCGCAACCGACGCGUGCUCAUCCCGCCAGGUGAAGCGUACAAAGAUGCUACGGACUUGAAAGCAAAUCAGGUUGUGCUUGGAAUGGCCACAGGAAAUGUUGCAGGCCCGCUGUCCUUUGAGCCUUCUCAGUCAGAAGGUGGCGACCCAAAAUCCGAUCCUUUAGUGCCAUGGGCUUCUACUCGGAUUCCCUUGGUCGAUGAUUACCGCAUGGUGAUGGCGAAGCGCGCUGUCUUUCAGAGCCUUGCUAGCAUGGGAUUGCCGGCUUUUACUAUCCACUCUGUUGUGCGGUACUCGGGGCGCGCCCUGAAAAACUCUCAAAGCAUACUUCUCCGCACUUGGGCUCCAAUCGGCCUUGGUCUUGGCGUUGUACCGCUACUACCUUAUCUCUUUGACGAACCCGUUGAACACGUCGUCGACUGGUCUUUCCACAACCUGUGUCGUGCUAUUGGAGGCGAGCAAGCAAUCCAGUCACCUCCACGACCAAAGGACUUACCAGCAGAAAACGCAACUCCACUCAGCUCCCUGCGUAAACUACAGGGCCAAAAAGAGCGCCAUGAAGCAGAGACCGGCCACGUUCACGGCCAGACUCCUUCAUGGGAAGCAUACAAGGAAGAAAAGCAGCAACGACGAGAACAGCGCAAAAAUGAGGGCGCGAGUUGGUUUGGCUUUGGCAGUAAGAAGAAAGAGGAUUAA